AAAGGGUUCACACUCUCAGGUUCUGAGUAUUGUUCUUGUCAUUUGGUUCUUAUUUUUCAUCCUUGAAUCAUUUCACCAAAUAGAUGGCUUGUUAUAAUAUUAUUAAAGUAGGAGCUGCUGGAUCUAUUUCUUGUCAAGAUGAAUGUUGGGAUGAAAAGUGUCAUUGUGAACUCUCCGAAAUUUACAUUUCCCAUGGAGAUGGUAUUCAAUCCAUUCAAUUUCAGUAUGUUGUGAACGGAAAUUUAGAGAUGUCUGACCUACAUGGAGAAUGCAAAGGUCCAAAAUUCAAUCUGAUAAGGCUCAACUAUCCAUGUGAGUUUGUCACUGGUAUAAGUGGUGACUGCUUGCCUAAUCAGAAACUCAGUUCUCUGAAAAUUACUACCAAUAAACGAAGCUACGGACCCUUUGGACGCCCUACAUUUGCUCAUCAAUUUGAUUUUCAGUUUGGAAAUUCAAGGCAGUUUGGGGGGUUUUAUGGCUACUGCGAUAAAACUACCAACAAACGCGUGACAGCUCUUGGAGUCUACUUUAAGGUCGCCACUAAACUGGAGGUCACUACCGGGGACUGCAUAUCAGUGGUCACUACCAGGGACUGCAUACCAGUGGAAAGAAGUUGCAGGGAGGAUGAUUCAUGUACAUGCAAUGAUCCAUGUACAGGAAGAAGAAGAAGGAAUUAAUGUAUGAAGCAUAAAGUUCAAAAUAUGUUAUGUAUCCAUUUAUGUUUUUCAGAUGCCAAUCUAUUGUAAUCAAAUAUUCAUAUUAAU